AUGUCAUCUCGAGCUCUUAGGCGACUUCAAAAGGAACAAUUGCUGAUUCCAAAGCAUGACAGUGACGAAGAAGGAGAAGAAGAAGAAGUUGUAGAGACAACAUCUAGGAAGCAGUUGAAUCCUUUUGAUUUGCUGAAUGAAGGCGAUGACGAAGAAGAAGAAGAGGAAGAAGAAGAACAACAACAAGAGGAAUAUAAGCUUCCAGAGAAACCAGUGCAUAAAGAAAGCACACCUAGUGCUCCAAAGUCAUCUAGCAAAAACAGCAAAAAGAAGAAGAAAAAUAAAAAGAAUAAAAAGACCAAUGACACAGCAUCGAAUCAGAAAGGCAAAGAGGUGGAAGAUAUUAGCAUGCGUGAAUUGGAAAAAGUAAUAAAGGAAAUGAACAAAAAAUCACCUGGUAGCGCAAGUCCUCAUCAAGACACUCAUAUCGACAUCUAUCGUCAACUGUUAUCCAUCAACACACGAUUUCUGGAUGCUGAAGCCGAGAUGAAGCGAUUGUUUGGCUCACACGUUGUCAAUAGCGAACACAGAGGACGUGUACUUAAAAAAUCAAAGUUUACAACACCCAAACCUGAAUGGCCGCCUUAUAAGCGUAACGGCCUUUCGAUGGAGAUUGUUGAGACAGUGAACGGAGUGACUUAUUUUGCAUUUAGACACUCGGAGGCAUAUCAAGACAACCAGCUCGAAUUUUUGAAUGCAGUGGCUACUCAUAAUCCAGAAGCACUGAUUUUCUUGGUUCGAAGACACCCUUAUCAUGUUGAUACGCUACUUCAAUUAUCAGAGAUUGCCAAACAUAGUGGCGAUUGGGUUGCAGCAGGAGACUUUAUUGAAAGGGCAUUAUAUGCUUGUGAGCGAGCACUUCAUCCUCAGUUCGCGCUUGGUUCUGGCACCGUCAGACUGUCUUAUCAACGAUCAGAGAACAGAUCGUUCUUCUUGGCCAUUUUUCGACAUAUUCAGUUCUUGGCACGUCGUGGUUGCUGGCGAACAGCAUUUGAAUUUAACAAGUUAUUGUUUGCACUUGAUCCUGAGCACGAUCCUCUCGCUUCUUUGCUGACACUUGAUCACUACGCCUUGAUAGCCAAGGACUACGAGUAUGUGCUAAAGAUGUAUCGCGAAUGGAAGAACCGUAGAGAGUUAUAUCCAAUUAACCUGUCCAAUAUGCCAAAUUUUGCAUUUUCGGCUGCCUAUGCACAAUUUAAACUGUCCAAUGAAGACAGUCAUGAACUGAUACAGCAUGCAAUCGCCAAGUUCCCGACUACAUAUCAAUUAUUAUUAGAAAAGCUGGAUAAAGGAAACGAAGCGGACAAGGGACGAAGUUCAAUGUUUUUGAACGCGUUACAAACGAUCUAUGCUGAACGUGCCUACGAGCUAUUUAAAGAACCUGAGGUAUUAGAAUGGUUAGUGAACAGUAACCAAAAACGAACAGAGACAGAGUACAAGUUUUCAGAAAAAGAUAUCAAGUGUGAUGCUAAUCAAGAGUUGCCCAUUAACAUUGCUCGAUUUUUACUAUUGGACAAUAAUCAAAGACUCUUGUCACUUGUUCCACACAAAUAUACAAGUCAGAGCUAUCAGAUGCACGAUCCUUUACCACCUGAGGACUCUGUUACGAUGUAUGAUAUUAAUGAACGUAUGAGAAGCAGCGGAAAUAGAUUCAUGAGCCCGUUCCCAACGGACGCUAGAGGUCUAAUGAAUGCUUUGCAAGAAAUGUGGAGACAAGGACAAGGAAGAUUGCCACCUGAAGCUUUACAGCAGGUUAGACAAUUGAUGAAUGAACUGGGGCAAAUAGAACAACAACAAGGUGAUCAAUUGCCUGGUACCUUUCCAGAAGAUAAUGAUCAAGAUAAUGAAGAAGAAGAAGAGGAGGAGGAAGAGGAAGAAGACAGUGACUUACGACAACUUGAAAAUGAAAUGCUUAAUGACAAUGGAAUAACACCUGAAGAAAUGGCUGGAAUUAUGAAUGCAGUAAGUGAUGAUGAUUUAGAAGUACAAAGAGCUCUAGCAGAGACGUAUCGUCAAAGAAGACAACAUGAUUAG